UCUUUGACUUUUUAUUAAUAAUCAAUUGAGAAUACAAAUCAUGUUUUUGAUUUUCUGCUUAUUGUCAUUAUUUGCUGCUAAUUCCAUGGCACAAGUAUUUGUUUUACAACGACCUGAUUUCCAACCAAUUGAAAGUUUUAAUUUAUCAAGGAUUGCUGGCGAAUGGUAUGAAAAUUUAAGAAUUCCAAAUGUUUAUGAAGUUGGUGUAACAUGUUCUCGUGCCAAAGUUAUUGUAGGUGAAAAAAAAGGAACAGUUAGUCUACUUUUUAGUGAAACAGGUUCUUUUUCUGGAAAAGAUUACAAAGUACUGACAACAGGAACACAAAAAAGAGGUCAAACAGCAGCAGUAUUUGAUUUUAAAUUUCCUUUAUAUCUCAUCAGUAUUAAUCUCGGUACAAUAUACGUUUUAGACACCGAUUAUGAAAACUUUAUCGUAUUAGCCGGUGGAUUUCCUUUAGGUGGCAAUAGAAAUAAUUUUUUCAACAGCUAUAUAACAUUUGCAUGGGUUAAUUCAAGAACACCAGUGCUUGCAUCUGAAUAUCGUGAACGUGCAUUGUGGGCAUUGAGUAAUAGUGGUAUUGAUACAAAUGAAUUAGUGCGAGUACCUCAAGGAUGUUAAAACAUAUUCAACUACAAGUGACAACUUAAUAAUUACAUAUAAUUUAAAAAAAAUAGAAUAUUAUUGUGAAAAUAAAAUAUGAAAAAUUUAUAAAGCAUUGAUUAAAUUUGUCAGAAGAAUUAAUACAUAAAAUGUUAUUUAUAUAA